ACAAGAGAAUGAAUAUGUGUGGAACAAUCAGACAGACAGACAAUCCAUAAUUAUGUUAUGUGAAUUUUAUUAUCUGGUAGAGUCAGACAGAGGCACAGAUCGUCAUGGUUUCCUUUCCUUUCCUCCCAUUGAAAGCCAAGUAAGAAGCUAAAGCUAUUUUAGUGUUUCAGACAGACGCACACACGCACACAACAAACGAAACAGAGAGCAAGUGUGGCUGCGAAGAAAUGUAUCACAUGGAGGUGAAAUAAGUAUUCCUUACACCCUCAGCAAUUUCGAACCUCCUUCUUCCCACUCCAAUUUCUUCAAUGCAAAGAUACUGCCUCCUACACACACUCAAACAUAGAUUAUAUAUAUAUAUUUAUUGCAUUCAAUUCGUGCGGUGUUUAUUACAUUCUCACCUGUCUCCGAAAUCCCCUUUUCGAAGAUUUUUGUAACGCGAGCGCAAUGUGAGCCAAUAAUAGGGUUUUGUUUCCCCCGGCGGUGAUUUUGGUGGCCGCGUAUGGCGCUUUUCCGCAAAUUCUUCUACCGGAAGCCGCCUGAAGGGCUUUUGGAGAUCUCCGAUAGGGUUUUCGUAUUUGAUAGAUGCUUUGCUGCAAACCUAAUUGAGGGAAACGGGUAUCAAGUAUACAUGGGGCGAAUUUUGAAUCAAGCCCGAGAAUACUUCGAAGAUGCCUCGUUCCUGGUGUUCAACUUCGGACAAGGAGGCCAUAGGAACCAAUUCACAACCUUAGCAUCUGCCCACGCAAUGACAGUGAUCGAUUAUCCUCAUCAGUACGAAAAUUGCCCUGUCCUCAGCCUAGAAAUGAUCCAUCACUUCUUGAGAUCCAGUGACAGCUGGCUGUCGAUCGGGCCGAGGAAUGUGCUCUUGAUACACUCUGAAGACGGGGCUCUGCCGGUGCUGGCGUUCAUUCUCGCAGCUUUCUUGAUUUACCGGAAGCAGUACGGCGGCGAACGGCGGACUUUAGAUAUGAUAUACAAGCAAGCGCCGCCGGAGCUUCUGCAAUUGUUGUGUCCUUUGAAUCCAUUGCCUUCACAGUUGAGGUAUCUGCAGUAUGUGUCGAGAAGAAACAUGGGCUUGCAAUGGCCCCCCCUGGAUAGGGCCCUGACAUUGGAUUGUAUUAUUCUAAGAAUCAUUCCCGACAUGGAUGGCGAGGGGGGCUGCCGCCCCAUCGUUAGGAUAUACGGACAGGAUCCUCUCAUGGCUGCUGAUCGAACUACUAAGGUUCUGUACUCUAUGCCCAAAAAUGGCAGAGCUGUAGGGUAUUUCAAGCAGGCCGAUUGCGAACUUGCUAAAAUCGAUAUCAGUUGUCAUGUACAAGGCGACGUGGUGCUAGAGUGUAUUACUUUAGAUGAAAGGUUAGAGCAAGAAGAAAUAAUGUUCCGAGCAAUGUUCAACACUGCAUUUAUCAGAUCGAAUAUAUUGAUGCUUACACGUGAUGAAAUCGAUACGCUGUGGAAUGCGAAGGAUAAGUUUCCGAAGGAGUUUAGAGCAGAGGUGUUCUUCUCUGAGUUGGAUGCCUCGUCUGCCAUUGUCGGAUUAGACUCGCCUGGCGUACAAGACAUUGAAGGUCUGCCCAUCGAAGCUUUCUCCGAGCUUCAAGAUAUGUUUGGAUUGCUAGAGGUGAUGGGUUCCAAGACUGACAUUGCGCAGAAUGUGAUCCAGCAAAUGACUGCCACCGCCAUUCUUCGAGAGAAUUUGGAGAUCAAUGCUUCAGCUACGGCUGGGAGAGAAAACUGGCAAAAUGUUUUUCCCAAGAGUUUGAAAGAUGAACAGUUGGAAUGUGCCCUUCUCCGAAAUGCUAUCGAAAGAAUGUCUGAAAGUGGAGCUAUCGAAGAUCAUGUGUCGCCAUUGGCUUCUUCUGCAUCGUCUCAGUUCAAAAUCAGAUUGCUGUCGACUCCUCAGGGUUCUUCUUCGGGAAGCUCUGUGCAGAAUUCGCCUGUUGCUGUGUCGAGAUACCGCGGUGCUACUGGUAUGCCGUCGGCUCUUGGGAUUACAGCGCUUCUGCACGAUGAUGCUGGUUUUAUUAGCAGAGAAGUUGCCUGUACAUCGCCAGAAACUUCCAUUUUAGGAGGUUUAAUUACUUCACCUCAUCCGCCACCGUCGCCUUCAUCACUGCCACCACCACCACCUACUCCUCCUCCACCUCCACCUCCCCUGCCAUCUUCUUCAAAUGCAGUACCUACUAACAACCCCACUGCAAAAUCACCUCCAGAAGAACAAUCAACCUCAACCACAGGCCGACCUCCUCCUCCCCCUCCACCUCCGACACCUCAAUGUUCUGUUAACGGAACUUCGGCAGCUGUAGCCCCAGCGCCACCUCCGCCGCCAUGUCCUCCCAACUCUGUCUCAAAGAAUGCACCAGAUAAGGAAUGUGGAACUGUUCCUCCUCCACCUCCUCCACAGAUGAAUGGCCUAUCAAAAUCCGGCAACAUACCACCGCCGCCAUUGGGUGCAAAGGGGAAAUUGCAGCCAAGAACAAACACAAGAAAUCAGGCGCAGGCGAAAAAGUCAUCCCUCAAACCUUACCACUGGUUGAAGUUAACGAGGGCCAUCGCUGGCAGCCUAUGGGCUGAGGCGCAGAAACCCGAGGAAGCUUCAAAAGCUCCUGAGUUAGACAUGUCUGAACUCGAGAGCCUUUUCUCAGCCGCUGCUCCGAAUUCUGGGCAAGGAGGUGCCGAAGGAAAGGGAAAUAAGCGUGGCGCAGGGCCUAAAUCAGACAAAGUUCAUCUGAUUGAGCUGCGGAGAUCAUAUAACUGCGAAAUUAUGCUGACAAAAGUUAAGGUUCCUUUGUCCGAGUUAAUGAAUUAUGUCCUCGCUUUGGAUGACACAGCACUGGACGUCGAUCAGGUUGAUAAUUUAAUAAAAUUUUGUCCAACCAAAGAAGAAAUAGAACUCCUCAAGAACUACAAAGGUGAAAAGGAGAACCUCGGAAAAUGUGAACAGUUCUUCUUGGAGAUGAUGAAAGUUCCUCGUGUAGAGUCCAAGCUACGAGUUUUCUCGUUCAAGAUUCAAUUUUUCUCCCAGGUAUCUGAUUUGAGAAACAGUUUGAAUAUUGUGAACUCUACUUCGGAGGAGGUCAGAAGUUCUGUCAAGUUGAAAAGAAUAAUGCAAACAAUUCUUUCUCUGGGUAAUGCCUUAAAUCAGGGCACGGCUAGAGGUUCUGCGGUUGGAUUUCGCUUAGACAGUCUUUUAAAGCUUACGGAAACAAGAGCGCGGAACAACAAGCUCACUCUUAUGCACUAUCUGUGUAAGGUGCUCGCUGAGAAACUGCCUAAUGUUCUAGAUUUCCACAAAGACUUAGUAAGUUUAGAGGCUGCGACUAAGAUUCAACUGAAGUAUUUGGCAGAAGAGAUGCAAGCCAUCAACAAAGGGCUUGAAAAAGUCGAGCAAGAACUAACCUCGUCUGAAGAUGACGGUGCUGUUUCCGAACAAUUUUGCAAGAUUUUGAAGGAAUUUCACGGCUCAGCCGAAGAGAAAGUGAGAUCGUUGGCUACGCUCUAUUCGGGAGUAGGAAAGAAGGCUGAUGCAUUAGCCCUUUAUUUUGGGGAAGAUCCAGCCCGAUGCCCUUUCGAGCAAGUUGUCGCAACUCUAUUAAAUUUUGUGAGGAUGUUUCAACGUGCCCACGAGGAAAACUGCAAGCAGCUAGAAAUCGACAAGAAGAAAGAGCAGAAAGAAGCUGAAAUCGAGAAGGCGAAAGUGAAUGCUUCUAGAAAAGUUUCGGAAAAUGAGAAAACCGCGGCACCAUAGGAUGAAAUAUUUAGAAAUAUAUAUAUAUAUAUAUAUGGUAACUUGUAAGUAUUGAGGGAUGAUCCAUUUUUAUUUGGUUUUGAUUUUGGAGUUCCAAAAUGAUUCACUUUGGCAAGUAAUGAACAAUGUACAGUUUUAUUUAUGGGUGUUGUAGUGAUUAGUGAGCAAGUUUGAAACUUUAGUAGUGAUAAAAUGAAUGUGAACUGAAUUUCCAUUACUUAAGCAUCUUAU